AUGACUACUUCAACUGAAAUCCCUUUGCCGGCAUUUGUCAGACUGGCCCCGUCAGUCUAUCUCCAAGACCCCUCCAACUCAAACGAGAAGGCAGAUCGGCCAGUGAUAUUCCUGGCUUUUUGGAUGAAUGCACCCCCGCGCGCCCUAGCAAAAUACGUGGUCGAGUACAGACGGCUAGUACCAUCAGCGCGAAUUAUGUUCGUCACAAGCUCAUCAAAUGACUUCAUCUGGCGCCUAGGGACCCAGAGCCGGAGAGCUCGCGUCGCCCCAGCAGUGGAAGCAAUGCGCGGUCUAGUGACCCCUGAGAAUCCAGUCUUUGUACACUUCUUCUCAAACGGAGGGAUGUCGAGUACGACACACCUAUUACAAACCUGGAAGAAUGCCACAGGGACCCCAUUGCCCUUGUCGGGAAUGAUCCUAGAUAGUGCACCAGGCAGUCCGAGCCUACGAGCGGGACUUAAGGCUUUCUCCUUUGCUCUUCCGCGGAUGUGGAUCUUGCGGCUACUUGAUCCGAUCUCCCUCGCCCGGAAGCUCAUCAAUGAUACGUCCUUGAUGCGAGCUGCACACUCGGGCGGGACUCUCAGUCGAUGCUAUAUCUACUCAGAUACGGAUGACUUGGUGGACUGGCGCGAUGUGGAAUCUCAUGCUGCGAACGCCGAGGCUGAGGGUUGGGCGGUGCGCCGUGAAUCGUUCAAGAACUCCCCUCAUGUUGGACAUAUGAGAGCCGAGCCCGAUCGGUAUUGGGGUAUUGUUAGAGAGUAUUUGGGAGACUUGGUGUCGGUGUGA